AUGGAAUAUCAAUAUUUAGAUUGUGGGUUCGAAGGAUUAUCCAUCACAGAAGAUGGCAAUGUCAGUGGCACUGUUUCAAGAACAGUAAAGAGGAAAAGUAACUACGAUUAUACCAGUGGUCAUGAAUGCAAAUCCAAGAAUCUCCAGGCGGAGAGGCGGCGGCGACAGAAGCUCAGUGAUAGACUUCUAACUCUGCGAGCAUUAGCCCCAAGAAUUACAAAUAUGAAAAAGGAAACCAUAAUCGAGGAUGCAAUUAAUUACAUUCAAGAGCUGCAGGGAAAUGUUAAGUUCCUUAGUGACCAGUUGCACCUUCUGGAAAUGGAACCAUUUUCGGAAGCUCCCGGAGGAAGCCCUAAGAAAGAAGAGACUGAUGACGUAGAGGAGACGAACAAACAUAUGAUACAGGAAGAAGUAGAGGUGGGUUAUAUGGGUGGAAAUAAGGUUCAGAUAAAGAUCAUUUUUAAGAAGAAAAGAGGCAAGUUCACCAAAUUGCUGGAGGCCCUGAGUUCCUUCGGCUUUCAGCUCAGUGAUACUAGUAUUACUUCCGCCAAAGGAGCCAUUCUUGUUUCAUCAUUUGCAGAGGCAAAAGGGUUAAUUUAUGAUGACAGAGUCGCGGUUGAGGAAGCCAGGGAGUUGCUACUCAAGAUCGUCAGAAGCAUUUAAACAUCAAUAUGGCUGAAAACUAUAGG